CGUAGCUAGAGAUAUUUUCUCAAAACCCCACCAAAAAUCUGAACAUUUUCAAUGGCUUUACUCCAUUUGUGCUAAGCAAACACAACCUCUGAAAGACUGAACUAAAAUGUUGCAAGCCCAUCAUUUUCUCUCUUCCUCAUUCCCUUUCUCUCUCUCUCGCCAUCCUCAGAAACCAUACUUUCUAUUCAAACCCGCCACUUCUCUUCCAGUACUGCCCAAACCCGGACCCAGAAUCGAGCCAUGUCUCGCCCAGGUCCAAGAACCCACCACCAUUACAACUUCUCCACCCCCUGAAGAGGGUCCCAUCGAGCUAACUCAAUCCAUUUUUGCAACCUCUGAUGACCCUUCUCCUCUCCAAGUGGCCACCAGUGUUCUUCUCACUGGUGCCAUCUCUGUCUUCCUCUUUCGCUCUCUUAGACGCCGAGCUAAACGUUCUAAAGAACUGAAAUUUAGGUCUUCAGGGGCGAAGAAAUCAUUGAAGGAGGAGGCAUUAGAUAACUUGAAAGCGUUGGGAUCAGCUUCAGUUGAAGCUGAGUCCCCACCUUCACCUGUUCAGGCGUUGUUGGGUGGAUUAACAGCUGGUGUUAUUGCCCUCAUCCUUUAUAAGUUCACUACAACUAUUGAGGCAGCUCUCAACCGCCAGACAAUUUCAGAUAAUUUCUCGGUGCGGCAGAUAACAAUAACCAUAAGGACAAUCAUAAAUGGAUUAUGCUACCUUGCAACAUUUGUUUUUGGCAUCAACUCUAUUGGUUUGCUCCUUUAUAGCGGCCAGCUUACCAUUAAUUCCUUAACGGAAGAUUCUGGUGGCAAAGAUACAGAGAAUAAAGGUGAACAGGUAUCAGGCUCACUGAAUUCAACAGCUGAGAGUUCCACAGAAUUAAAUAGCAGCAAGGAGGAUCAAAGUUCAGAUAAUACACAAUAAAAGAUGGGAAACCAAAAGCGAUUUGGAAGAGAGAUUUUUCUGUACUCUUUUGUACAAAAGAAAAAUGAAUGAAAUUAUUUUUUUCUGUUUUA